UGUUAUGGGCUAGAUGCUCGAGGAGCCAAGAUAGCUAGAAUGAAUAUUUAUGAAUUCACGAAGAGUCGAAGUCAAGCUUCUGCUACCGAAGUUAUAUAUCUGCCCCCCGAAGCUAACAUCGGGUCCGAGGUCCCAGCCGGUCCUGGGCCGAGACAAGACCUCCAGGGCGUAGCCCAUCACAUACCCCCCUACUCCGCCCUCCCGGGGGUUGUUGUACGGGGGGCGCAAGAUCCGUCGUGUCGCGGACUUACGCAGGCUUGUCCAUUCGGGCCUCCAGGUUCGCUCUCUUACCCUGGGGUUGUGGCUUAUCGCGGGGAGAGAGACCUGCUCCCAAAUAUUGAGCGUGGGAAGUAGUCUUCUCAAGGUUACAGGGUCUAAUUCUCCCCGGGACAUCUCGCAAAAGUGUAGAUCUGCAGGGGUAGGGAGU